AUGGCUAUUAGCUUGAUGAUAAUGGGCGGACUAGGCCUGCCAGACCCCAUUACAUUUGGCUACAAAGUUGGAAUUAUCGCCAUGCUCUGUCUGAUGACAACGGGCUUCUCAAUCGGAUAUGCGCCUUUGGUUUACGUCGUCUCAAGCGAGGUUCCAGCCCUCCGUCUUCGAGAUAAAACUUUACGACUUGGUUUCUUCAUCAAUGUCCUCUUCAACUUCGCAGUAAACUUCUCAAUUCCUUACCUGAUCUACGACAGAUAUGCAGGGCUGCAAUCAAAAGUCGGGUUCAUUUUCGGCUCGAUCGCGUGCAUUUGUGUGGUGUUCACCUAUUUCUUCGUGCCUGAGUGUCGAGGAAAGUCAUUGGAACAAGUCGAUCACAUGUUCCGGGAAGGUGUGCCGCUUAGGCAUUUCCACAAGCAUGAGUUCUCAGCGUUUGAACAUGCCUCUGGAAAGGAGGAUAUCGAGAAGAUAAGUGUUAGAGGCAAGGAGGUUGAGGAUGUACAGAGGUGA